CAUUCUACACCAGGGGAUCUAAACGUGAAGUAGAUCCGUCUUGGAAUAUUUCAACUCAAGUGACUACACAACCGAUUAUCAUUUCGACAUUAUGGCAGACACAGUACCAUAUACAACGGAAUUCGUAGUAGACAGUGUUCUACUAUACAUUGGAGUCUGUACCAACAUAUGGAUGAUCAGGUCUCUCUACAAAUCAUGGAAGACAGGCAGCAGGAUGCAUUUUUACCUCCUUGUCAUUUGUGUUGCUGAUUUGCUGGGCUUGUGCAUCCGCAGCGGUGUCCGCAUCGGGCUUUAUGCAACCGUUUUCUGGAAAGGCGGAUAUUACGGAUGUAAAAUAUUUGCAGGUAUCAAGUUGUUUGGAGGUACUAUGUCCCAUCUCAUUCUGGCUGGAUUCAAUAUUGAUAAUCUUUUCACCAUCACCUGCCGUCGCUCCAUCAAGGCGUUGCGUAUCGUCUUCCUGCUGUUGUCCUUUGUAACUGCCUCCAUUAUCAGUGGCCUUAAGUUCUACUUCUUCCGUCUGAUGACCACUGGAUACAAUAACGAGGCCUAUUUCUGCGCUGUAGAAUGUUUAAAUGUACUGCCAGGGGUGGAAAUGGCGGUGUAUUUCCUACCUCCAUUUCUGAUGAUGUUUCUGUUUGGUCUCCCAUCAUUGUUUGUGUGGUGCUGUAGAAAAGGAACACUCAGCUUUGAGAUGAUGACACGUGACGAUGACUCCUCCACAGACCUUCAGUUCAUUGGCAGAGAUAUUGGAAUAGUUUUGGCUUACGACGUUGUGUUCCUCUUCUGUUGUGCUCCCUUCGUUGUAUUUUGGAUCUGUGGAUGGCCGUCAGUAAUCGUCUACACAGCUUUAACCUUCUUGGAGGCCGCAAAUCCUUGUCUUAACCCGAUCAUAUAUGCCAUAUUUAGCUGCAUUAGAAGACGAAGAGACAGAACUCCUCCUGGACUGAAGAAUCGUCACAAUCCUAAACAAAGACCGGAACAAAAUGACAACUGAUGCUCUGUGUCUCAGAUCUCUUUUCACUUCAUGGACCUUCUUCUUUCACACCGAUAUAUAUUUAUUCCGCAUGGACAUCACCUAUCCAUUUAAUGUAUACAUAUAUGUGUUUUAUUCUGAUUGUAUGAUAUCAUACCGUACGUUUUAUUCAGUACUAUUCAGGUGCAAGUAGUUUAAAGUACAGCAAAUAUGGUGUUUUUGUAUGGAUUAACAGAAGUGCAUGUAAUCAAAGUUUUAGUGUUUUGGUAGGCACGAAUCAAAUACUUUGCUGUAUUGUUCUUGAAAGUAGACUAUUGUGAAGACAGCAGCACAAAGCUGGUGGAAUAAUGUUAGAGCAGCAUACAACAAGAUAUACCAUUAUUUUUUUGUUCGUGACCAUUCGCGGAGACAAAAGUGAAUUGCCACACUUUCUCCAGACCAUUUCAUUAAAAUGGGUCAGUGAACGUGUGGGCGCUAACGGGCAAGUCGGAACAUAGUCACCUUGUUGAAGCAGAUCCUCCGUGAUUACUGUUACGCUGAUAUGGCGGUAAAUACAAAAUAUACAUAUAAACACAUGAAUUAAGGAAGGGCUGUGUUGCCAAUAAACAUUCUGACUUGUU